AUGGAACUCUUGAAAGUGAAAAUUCCAUCGCUAUUUGUGGAAUUUAUACUAUUAUUAUCAAUAGUCACCUCUACUCCUGAACCGUCGCCACUAAGUGAAUCAUACACUUCAACAUUAAAAACAAUUGAACCAAAUGCUCUGGAACAGUCAUCAUCCAAAGAAACAUUACCAUCAAUUUUAACAAUUGAAGCAAACGUUCCGAAACAAACAUUCCUUCCUGUGACUAAGAAUGCAAAAUCCACGACUACAAAAACAAAAUCUACGACUACAAAAACAAAUUCCACAGCUGCAAAAACAAAAUCCACGACUGCAAAGACAAAAUUCACAACUGCAAAAACAAAAUCAACAACUGCAAAAACAAAAUCCACGAUUGCAAAAACAAAAUCCACGACUGCAAGGACAAAAUCCACAACUGCAAAAACAAUAUCCAUGACUGCAAAGACAAAAUCCACAACUGCAAAAACAAAAUCCACGACUACAAAGACAAAAUCCAUAACUGCAAAAACAAAAUUCACGACUGCCAAAUCUACAUUCAUCUCUAGGCCUGCAAUCUCUAGGCCUGCAAUCUCUAGGCCUACAAUCUCUAGGCCUACAAUCUCUAGGACUACAAUCUCUAGGACUACAAUCUCAAAGACUACAAUUUCCAGGUCUACAAUCUCCAGGGCUACAAUUUUCAUUCCCCUUUUGAAAACCUACUCCCAAAAACCUUAUACUAUUUAUACUAUUGCACAACCCUCUGAUGGCUAUUAUUAUUAUGAUGAUGAUGAAGAAGAUUAUUCUUAUGAUUUUUCUUCUGAGAUUUAUGAUAAUAAUGAAUAUGAUGAAUACUAUCCAAAUUAUAAUAUUGUCACCACCACUAACUUGAUAAAACCCACUAUUGUAACAACUGCUUCUCCAAAUGACGAAAUAAUAGCAGAACACAUCGAUGAGGAACCUCAAGCUUAUCCCACUACAGAACUCCCUUUUUCAAAUUACAAAAGUCACAAAAUAGAACUCACUACGGAUCAUCUUUUCCCAACAUACGCUUUCAAAGAAAUUACCACCACAAUAAAGUCCUCUUUUCCAAAUCAUGAUAUAGAAUCUACUGCGAAACCAGUUUCAUCCAUGCAUGCUUACAAGGAAAUUAUUCCUACAGCGAAAUCUCCUUCACCUAUGCACGUAGAUCACACCUCUAAAAUUACCACAAUUGCAAAGCCUCCUUUUCCUGGAAAAAAUCAUUAUAAUAAGAACCACAAGUACGUGUAUCCUUCUACUGGAGAACAAGAUUACUAUAAAAAAUAUCAUAAGUAUCCGCCUCCUGAAGAACAAGGCUAUAUUAAACACCACAUAUAUCCUAAAUUUUAUGCUAAAUCACCCAAAGAAUACUACAAAUUAUUUCAUAAACAUCCUUCUGGCAAAGAGAUAGAGCCGCCUAAAGAGGAAAUGUAUCCCAAGCAUCAUCAUAAAUUUCAUAACAAAUAUAUUAAAGCCAGUCCUGAAAAUGUUAUUCCUGUAAAAGUAACUACUACUUGCUCAAACAAGCACCAUAGACAUCACAAGCACUAUAGACAUCACAAGUACUACAAACAGUAG